UUCUUUUUCUGAGUUCAUUCAUCAUAGUUGUUUGUUCCUAGAGUUGAAUCUGAUUUAUUCUCCUUUUUAUAUUAUUUUCAGACCAUUUCCCUCUUUUACACAAACAACCCAAUUCCUAACUUCUGCAAAAGUUUCCAUUUUUUCAUUCUUCAUCUACCUAAUAAUCUGCUUUUGAAUCGCGCGUUUGGAAUAAGCUGAAGCUGAAGCUGAAGCAGCAAGAGUCGUUUUUGAAGUCGACCCAAGUCAUCAAUUGGUCCUUUUUUUCAGAAAGUUGUUUCCUUUCACCUCAAGAAGGUUGUUUCAGAGGUGCCCAUCAGAAAAUGGCAAAACGUGGUUACAAAAUUCAGGAAUUUGUGGCUCAUUCGAGCAAUGUGAAUUGUUUAACGAUCGGAAAGAAGGGGUGUCGUCUAUUCGUAACGGGAGGGGAUGAUCACAAAGUCAAUCUAUGGACUAUUGGCAAACCAACUUCUGUAUCGAGCUUGUCUGGUCAUACUAGUCCGGUUGAAUCCGUUGCAUUUGAUUCGGGAGAAGUUUUAGUUCUGGCUGGAUCGUCAUCGGGUGUGAUAAGGCUUUGGGAUUUGGAAGAAUCGAAGAUGGUUCGCACUGUUGCCGGGCAUAGAUCCAAUUGUACAUCGGUUGAGUUUCAUCCGUUCGGUGAGUUUUUUGCGUCUGGAUCCACGGACACUAAUCUAAAGAUUUGGGAUAAUCGGAAAAAGGGAUGUAUUCAUACAUACAAGGGUCAUAGCCAAGGCAUCAAUACUAUCAAAUUCACUCCGGAUGGCCGUUGGGUAGUUUCUGGAGGAUUCGAUAAUGUUGUGAAGGUGUGGGAUCUAACUGCUGGAAAGCUCUUGCACGACUUCAACUUCCAUGACGGACACAUUACGUCCUUAGAUUUCCAUCCGCUCGAGUUUCUUCUGGCUACAGGUUCAGCAGAUAAAACAGUGAAAUUCUGGGAUUUAGAAACCUUCGAACUCAUUGGAUCUGCGAGACGUGAGGACACGGGAGUACGUUCGAUAGCUUUUCAUCCGGAUGGAAGGACACUGUUUAGUGGACAUGAAGAUGGUUUGAGGGUGUUUUCAUGGGAACCAGUUAUUUGUCACGACACCGUUGAUAUGGGAUGGACAACACUUGACGAUAUCUGCAUUCACGAUGGCAAACUUUUGGGGUGCUCACACUACCGAAACUCUGUUGGAGUUUGGGUAGCAGAUAUAUCGCUUAUUGAGCCGUAUCGGGAUGACUUGGAUCUCAAGAAAGAUGAAGGCACAAAGCAUCAACAUAUUCUUAAGGGAAGUAAACUUGAAAAAGUAGAGGUUGAUAUCCGACCAACUUCUGGUUUUCGCAGCAUGUCUCCUGAUGAGUCGAAAGAGAUAAAGAAUAUAUAUAUCGACUCUUCUGGUGGGAAGCCCGUAGCUUUACCGAAAUCAGCAUCUUUUAAUUCUCUAAAAGUAGAUCUCACUGAGGAGUCCAAGGAAAUGUAUGACUUGGAAACGCCGAAGCAGAAUCCUGCGACAAAAGUUCAUGUAAAAUCAAUUGAACAAGCGACUAUCAAAACUCUCACUAUGCAAAACAUUGUGCCGCGCGACAUUCCUGAUGCUAAGGACUCGACAAAACCAGUAAAAGAAACCAUCACUUUUUCAAAGACAAAGCCCGGGAUGUUACUUAAACCAGCUCAUGCACGGAGAGCUUCCACGGGCAGAUUUGAUGUUGAUAAGUUUUCAGAUACCGCAGGUAAAUUAGACAGUGCGGAAAUUCCUAAGUUUCAAAGUAGUAUUGGAUCUCAGAAUGAAGUCAAAGAAUCUUGUGAAGAUAAACAUCCUAUCAAGAAUGUCACAGACAAGUCCGAGAAAACUGUAUCUCCGUACAAUUUUUUUAACCUGACAAAACGUGUUGAGUCCUCUACGUGCAACGAAGAAAUUACUCCAGUUAAAUACGUCAAUGGAGUUGCUGUUGUAAGAGGAAGGACUCGUUCUUUGGUUGAGAGAUUUGAAAGAAGAGAAAGUGUUCAAGUCAACGAGGAUCAAAUUAAUCCACCUCUCCCUACAAUAAGCGAAGCAGGGAGAAGCAUUCAUAAUGAAAAUCAAACUAAUUCGUACCCUACAAUGGUGUUUGAGAGGAAAGAAAUAAUUCCCAGCAACGAAGAUCAAACUAGUGCAACCUCCAUGGUAUGCGAGAAAAAGGAAAUAAUUCCCCGCGGUGAAGAUCAAACUAAUGAACUCCCCUCCGCAGUAUUUGAGAGGAAAGAGAAAAUUCCCCGCGAUGAAGUUCAAACUAAUGCAUACCCCGCGACAGUAUUUGAGAGGAAAGAAAAAGUUCCCCGCGAUGAAGGUCGAGUAAAUGAAUCCCCCUCCUCGGUAUUUGAGAGGAAAGAACAAAUUCCCCGUGAUGAAGUUCAAACUAAUGCACCCCCCUCCUCGGUAUUUGAGAGGAAAGAGAAAAUUCCCCGCGAUGAAGUUGAAACUAGUGCACCCCCCUCUACGGUAUUUGAGAGGAAAGAAAAAAUUCCACGCGAUGAAGUUCAAACUAAUGCCUCUCCGUCUGCGGUAUUUGAGAGGAAAGAAAGAAUUCCUCGCAGUGAAGUUCAAACUGAUGCAUCCUCCACUACAGUAUUCGAGAGGAAAGAAAGACUUCCGCGCAGUGAAGUUCAAACUACAAUAUUUGAGAGGAAAGAGAGAAUUCCCCGCAGUGAAGUUCAAACUAAUGCAUCCCCAUCUAAGUUACUUGAGAGGAAAGAAAGAGUUCCUCGCAGUGAAGCUCAAACUGAUGCAUCUUACUCUACAGUAUUUGAAAGGAAAGAGAGAAUUCCCCGUAGUGAAGUUCAAACAAACGUAUCCACCUCUACGGUAUUUGAGAGGAAAGAGAGACUUCCCCGUAGUGAAAUUCAAACUAAUACACCCCCAUCCGCAGUAUUUGAGAGGAAAAGAAUUCCCCGCAAUGAAGUUCAAACUAAGGCACCUCACUCCACCGUAUUUCUGAGGAAAGAAAGAGUUCUGCACAAUGAAGUUCAAACUAACGCAUCUCCUGCCACUGUAUCUGCUGAGAGGAAAGAAAGAAUUCUCCGCAAUGAAGAAAGACACAAUAUUCCCUCCCUUCCUAAUACAACAUCGAACAUCGAUGAAUCCUCUUGUCCAGACAUACUGAAAGUUGAACCUCAAGUUUCUCUCAGGGAUUCAAACUCUUCAAAUGAAAUGGCAAUAAUUGAAGGUCUGAUGGAAACUCAUGAUGCAACAUUAAGUAAUCUCCGUUCACGCUUGACAAAGUUACAGGUGGUGCGUCAUUUUUGGGAACGCAGUGAUAUCAAAGGUGCUAUCAAUGCAUUGAGAAAGCUACCAGAUCAAUCUGUUCAAGCCGAUGUCAUUAGUAUCCUAGUGGAAAAGAUGGAGAUUCUUACAUUAGAUUUACUUUCUUCCUUACUUCCUGUGCUCACAGGCUUGCUUGAUAGCAAGACAGAAAGACAUGUAAAGGUGUCGUUAGAUAUGUUGUUAAAGUUUGUGGCAGUUUUUGGUUCGACAAUAAAGGCAACGAUUUCAGCACCUCCCUCUGUCGGGGUUGAUCUGCACCGAGAGCAAAGGAGGGAAUGCUGCAAUGAGUGCUUUAUGGAACUGCAAAAAAUCCAAACAACUCUUCCAAUGCUCAUUCGGAAGGGUGGUUUAUUGGCCAAAUCUUCGAUGGAGCUAAAUCUCGUUCUUCAAAGAACAUAACAGAAGAUGUUUGAGAACAACCUUGUUCAAUUUUUGAAGGUGUGCACAACUUGGCUCGGUGCUGCUUAAUGUGAAACGUUCAUGUUGGAUUGUUGUAAUCGCAGCGUAUAACCUGCAAUUUUGUCGGCUUUGUUGAUGGGAGAGCGUUGUAUCGAAUGAGACAUUGAUGAGAGAGUUGAAUGUGUUGUUUUGACCUUGUCUUGAAGGUGAAAGCAACUUUUGUUAGAGAUCUCUGUCUUCAACAAUUCUGAAGGCUUUUUGGUCCUAACUUCAAUUCUCAAUGAUCUUGGCUAUGGCUAUUUGUUUGUAUGUAAUUCUUGUUUUUCUUGGAGAUUUGGAUUUCAACAAAUGUAAUAUAGAUGUAUGUAGUAGGUUGGUUAUUUCAAUGUAUAUCUCAUGUUUUCUUCAAUGAAAUGGAUUUUAACACCUGUGGUUUUGUUUAUUAAAACUACUCUAGAGGUGCUAUGAUUAUUUUUAAACACCUGUGGUUGUUUAUUAAAAUCAACACAUAUUAAGAAAAUAUUGAAUACAUAAUUUUAUCUGUAUAUUUAUAGUGUGAAUGAAAUAUGAAUCAAUUGUAGAACAAAUGCUAUUC